AUGGACGAGGAUUGGGUGACGACGGAGGAGUGGUAUUGUCCGAGGGAGACGUGGACGACGGGUGAAGCAGAGUCCGGUGUCGGAGACGGCGGCGGAGUGGCGGACGCCGCAGGAGAUUUGGACGAUGUGGAUGUUGGCGAGGGGGGGGAUGAGCAGAGGGGUGCAGGUUUGUUUGCGAGGGGUGUGAACGCCGAGUUCUCCUUCGAGGUUAGAUCCCCAGGAGUAGACGCCCGGGUGGCCGGAAGAGGAGGCGAGGGCUAUGGAGUGAGACCAGCCGGCGGAGACUUGAAGGACGUGUUGGAGAGGGGGGGUUGGGGUGCGUUCGAGGGGGGUGGUUGGGGUGGCGCCGGGGAUGCCGAGUUGUCCGUGGGCGUUGUUGCCGCAGACGAGGAGCGAGGAGGAGGAGAGUGUGUGGGAUCCCCCGGAGGCGAUGGAGGUGAUUUGGUUGGACAGGGGGCGGGGGACGCGUGGCUGGAGCGAGAGGAGAGAGCGAGUGAGAAAUGA